UCCCUCACCCUAUCCAUAAAUUAAAUUAAGUCAAUUAAAACCAAAAAUUCGUAAUCCCGCAUUUAUCGGACAGGUGUAACCAUAUUAAGCGGAUUAAACCAUUAAUCCUUCCGUCACAAACAAACAUUUUUGUAAAACAAGUCCCAAUUUAACAGUUUGAAGACUUCAUCGGCCUCUAAUUGCCUCCGAAUGACACAGCAGCCACAUGCUGACCCGAGAGCCCUAGUGGCGCCACGAAGACUUUUUUCCCUUUCCAUAGAAAAAUGUGCAGGGCAUGUAAUUAACCUCUCUUGUUUGAACACCUUAUCUCUACCUUUGACCCCCACAAGCGCUCAAAUACAAGCGACAAGAGCCCAAGUCACUUCCAACAUGGACACACAAAAGAUACAACUGUUGAGAUCGUAUUCGAGGAUUACGAUCAUCUCGACGUCGUAUAACGACGGCUUUUCUUCCGCCUCCGGGCUUGAGAAAUUCCUCCCCAGGACCUCGACCCCCGAUCCCGACAAGUACUUCCUGGUGGACAACAAGGACUGCUUCGACUCGUACGAAAUCUUCAGACAUGUCCUUGAAAAUCCGCCCAAGAAGGUGAGAGUGCGGGGAAUGAAAAACGUCCCGUUUGACUUCAUUUCCGGGCAUUUGGUCGACUUCAACAAUUCGAGGAGAAUCGCGACGUUUCACCGGAAACUGAAAACGUUUUUCAGGAAGUGUUUCAAGAUUUUGGCGCGGAAAAAGUGCGACUAUGCGUGCCCUAUGACGUGCGAGUGCCAGAAAAUCAAGAGCUUUCUCAACAAAACCCAGGCUCUUGACGAUGAUUCACUCGAGGAUUGACCAUAGAAAUUAAUUUCGUUUUAAUUGUGUUUGUGAAAAAAUUCCGUAUCUGCGAUCUUAAUGUGCGCCCAAAUUUACAUAAAACGUGUAAUUCGACUUAAAUAAAUUCGAUUUAUCUUUACAUCUUCAUCCGUAUUUGCACAUGGUUUAAUUUAAUUAUGUCGGAGAAAAAACGCGAGAUUUUAUCGCUUUAAACAUAACAUUGCCAUGAAAUGUCUAAUUUUAAAGAGAUUGUUCACUGAUUGUGCAUAAUGACCAUUGUUUGAAAAAGUUGAGACGUCAUUAGCGAUAUCAGGGCUUCAAUAUUUAUUCGUAAAAUAAAUAUUUAACUGUGA